GUGCAAAAAAGCCUUAACCAAGUUAUAAUCUAGGCAGCAGGCUCCCUGAAGUGUUGACUGCCCAAUUUAAUCAUGAACAUGAUUCAAAAAUGUUAAUAAAUAAACCAAGACCAUGGGGAACUCAUACGCUGGGCAGCUGAAAUCUGCUCGAUUUGAGGAAGCUCUCCACAACUCCAUAGAAGCCUCCCUCAGAUGCAGUAGUGUGGUACCAAGGCCAAUUUUUUCCCAGCUCUACUUGGACCCUGACCAGCAUCCUUUUUCAUCUGCAGAUGUCAAGCCCAAGGUGGAGGAUCUGGAUAAAGACUUGGUACACCGCUACACACAAAAUGGCAGCUUGGAUUUUUCUAACAAUCUAACAGUUAAUGAAAUGGAAGAAGAUGAUGAUGAUGAAGAAAUGUCCGAUUCCAACAGUCCACCAAUCCCCUAUUCACAAAAACCUGCCCCAGAAGGAUCUUGCACUACAGAUGGUUUUUGUCAAGCAGGAAAGGACUUGCGUUUGGUAUCACUCUGUAUGGAACAGAUCGACAUUCCGGCGGGGUUCCUUCUGGUGGGGGCCAAGUCUCCCAAUCUUCCUGAACACAUCCUGGUCUGUGCCGUAGACAAGCGCUUUCUACCGGAUGAUCAUGGGAAAAAUGCACUUUUAGGGUUUUCUGGAAACUGUAUUGGCUGUGGAGAAAGAGGAUUUCGGUAUUUCACGGAAUUUUCCAACCACAUUAACUUGAAGCUCACCACCCAGCCAAAGAAGCAGAAGCACUUAAAGUACUACCUAGUCAGAACUUCCCAGGGUGUGCUGUCCAAGGGACCGCUUAUCUGCUGGAAAGAAUGUAGAAGCCGACAAUCCUCUACAACUUGCCACUCUAUUAAACCAAACUCUUCAGUAUCAGCUGUGACCCCAGAAAAUGGGACAACUAAUGGAUACAAAGCAGGAUUCACUCAGACAGAUUCGCCGGUUCUCAGUCCAGCUAAUUCUGCAAUCAAUUUAAGUGGCGCUCAGGACCUGACCCGGAAUAAGAGUGUUGUGAAACCACUGGCUUUGUCUUUGCAGACUGUAGGGAAGACUUUUGCCACAGAUGCUGCCAGUGGGAGCAGCAGCCAUGGAGGGAAGACAGCCGCAUCCAUCUUCACCCCGGCCCGCCCAGGGAGCUACUCCUUGUCACCACGACCUAGUUAUGCGGCUGUAGACCAAGCUGCCAUCUUCACUUGCGGACCACCAAAGAAAAGACACCGGGGAUGGUAUCCUGGGUCACCUGUCCCCCAACCUGGUUUAGUUGUACCUGUUCCUACAAUUCGCCCCCUUUCAAGAACUGAGCCCCUUUUAUCUGCCCCAGUUCCACAGACCCCAUUAACUGGAAUUUUACAACCUCGGCCCAUUCCUGCAGGGGAAACUGUAAUGGUUCCUGAAAACCUGCUGAGUAACUCAGGAGUUAGACCAGUAAUUUUGAUCGGCUAUGGCACUUUACCCUAUUUCUAUGGAAAUGUUGGUGACAUUGUGGUGAGUCCGCUGCUGGUGAAUUGCUACAAGAUUCCACAGUUGGAAAACAAAGAUUUGGAACAAUUAGGGUUGACUGGCAGCCAACUCCUGAGUGUAGAAAACAUGAUCCUUCUGACGAUACAGUAUCUUGUGAGGCUUGGUCCUGAUCAGAUACCUCUCAGGGAAGAAUUUGAGCAGAUUAUGCUGAAGGCCAUGCAGGAAUUCACUCAGCGAGAGCGAGCCCUGCAAGUGGGCGCCUCCUGCGUCCCUGUGUCACAGGGACAGCUCCCCUGGCUUGCUAGGCUGAUCGCCAGUGUGUCCCCGGACUUGGUUCAUGUGAUUGUGACCCAGAACUCCUUGGCCGAGGGCAUUUCAGAGACACUGCGGAUUCUCAGUGAAAUGAGACACUACCAAAGGCUCCCUGAUUAUGUGGUAGCAAUUUGUGCGUCAAAAAUCAGAGGAAAUGAGUUUUGUGUGGUGGUAUUGGGUCAGCAUCAGUCUCGGGCUCUGGCAGAGAGCAUGCUCACCACAAGUGAGUUUUUGAAAGAAAUUAGUUAUGAGCUCAUCACAGGAAAGGUCAGUUUCCUGGCAUCACAUUUCAAAACCACAUCAUUAGGCGAUGACCUGGACAGGCUGCUAGAAAAAAUGCAACGAAGAAGAGGCGAUAGUGUGAUCACCCCUUUCAAUGGAGACCUCAGGGAAUGUGUGUCACCUCAGGAGGCUGCUGCUAUGGUUCCCACACAAAACCUGGAUUUAGAUACUGAAACCUUCCAAAUUUAUCAACCGCAGCUUACAGUUGCCAGAAAACUCUUAUCCCAGGUGUGUGCCAUUGCGGACAGUGGCAGCCAGAGCCUGGACCUCGGCCACUUCAGCAAAGUGGACUUCAUUAUCAUUGUCCCGAGAUCAGAGGUUCUGGUCCAGCAGACUCUGCAGCGGGUUCGACAAUCAGGUGUCCUUGUCGACUUGGGUCUGGAAGACACGGGGACGGCUCACCAGAGAGCAGAGAAGUACGUGGUCCGGCUGGACAGUGAGAUCCAGAGCAAGUUCGAAGUCUUCAUGAGGAGAGUGAAGCAGAACCCGUACACCCUGUUUGUGCUGGUCCACGACAACUCCCAUGUGGAGCUAACGAGCGUCAUCUCGGGCUCCCUGUCACACGGAGAGGCCAGCCACGGCCUGGCUGACCGGGUCAUCAACUGCAGAGAAGUCCUGGAAGCCUUCAACCUCCUGGUGCUGCAGGUCAGCUCCUUCCCGUACACCCUGCAGACCCAGCAGUCCCGGAUCAGCGCCAGCAACGAGGUGCACUGGACCCAGCUGGACAGCACGGAGGACGUGGGCUGCAAGGAGAAGCUGUACUUCGGCCUAAACGAGUACAGCAAGUCCCUGCAGUGGGGCGUCACCAGCCCACUCCUACGGUGCGACGAGACCUUCGAGAAGAUGGUGACCACGCUGCUGGAGAGGUACCCCCGGCUGCACAGCAUGGUGGUGCGCUGCUACCUGCUCAUCCAGCAGUACUCGGAGGCCUUCAUGGCGCUCACCACCGUGGCGUCGCUCCGCGACCACAGCACGCCCGAGACGCUGAGCAUCGUGGACGACCUCCUGGGCUGCCCCGGCAAGGGCGCCAGCGGCCGCGGACACAUGCUGGUGAUCAGGGUGCCCUCGCUGCAGCUGGCCAUGCUGGCCAAGGAGCGGCUGCAGGAGGUGCGCGACAAGCUGGGCCUGCAGUACCGCUUCGAGAUCGUCCUGGGGAACCCGGCCACGGAGCUCAGUGUCGCCGCGCACUUUGUGGCGCGAUUAAAGACGUGGCGAGGAAACCACCCGGAGGAGUGGACACCGCGGACGUAUCAGGACCUAGAGGGGCUCCCGUGCAUCGUGAUCCUGACUGGCAAAGACCCGCUGGGAGAGACCUUCCCCAGGUCCCUGAAGUACUGUGACCUCCGCUUAAUCGACUCGAGCUACCUGACCCGCACGGCUCUGGAGCAGGAGGUGGGCCUGGCCUGCUGUUAUGUCUCCAAGGAGGUUUUGUGGGGGCCCGCGGCCGCCCUGGACCUCAGCGGAAAGGAGCCAGAGAGGCCACCAGCUGGCGACAAUGACCCAGAGGAGCUGCUCAUCGACCUGGAACGGCCACAGAGCAACAGCAGUGCCUUCACGGGAACCUCGGGUUGGUGCUCUGCUCCCCGUUUCCUGGAGGGAAGGGGUGCCGAGUCUGGAGACCCUCAGCCCCAAGGCGGAGGCCGAGGCGGGGUGCGAGCCGGUGGCUGCCACCAGUCCCCCCACCUCAGCAACCCCAGCCUGCAGCCACCAUGUCCCUUGCCCUCUUCUUUGUGCCUCUGCGUCUGCUGUGCACAAGGGCCCGAAGCUGAGCGGUUUAGUCCCUGGCACAAAAUACGGGACGGGGGACCGCGGGACCGCGGCCGGGCCGAGAGCGGCUGUGAGCGCCCCCUCUCCACCGCCCUCCGCCAGGUGGGGAAGACCGGCUCCUACCUGCAGUUCCUCAGGAUCCUGUUCCGCAUGCUCAUCCGGCUCCUGGAGGUGGACGUGUUCGACGAGGUGGAGAUCAACGCGCACCACAGCGAAAGCAGCAGCGCGAGCCAGGCGGAGGGGGAGCCCUGGCCCGACCUGGAGAGCUUCAGCAAGAUGCCCUUCGACGUCAGCGUGCACGACCCCAAGUACAGCCCGACGAGCCCGGUGUUCUCCGAGACGCUGGCGGGCGUGAAGCAGGAGAAAUCCCACAUUUAUGAAGCAAAACUAAACUGUAAGGGAGAACGACUCUAUUGCUUCUCUGUGAAAUCUAAUACCUGGGUUGAAACUAUUGGGGAAGCGGAUAAAUUUGCUAUUAUCCUUUCCUCGAGCCACCUACGUUCGCACUGUAACCCCCUGGCCCAGGAGUGGGGAGCUGAGCCCACCCUCUGCUCCCUUCACCUGCAGAUGUCGGACUCCACCCUCCACGCCUUCACCUUCUCCUCCUCUAUGCUGGGAGAAGAGGUCCAGCUCUACUUCAUCAUCCCCAAGUCCAAAGAGAGUCACUUCGUCUUCAGCAAGCAGGGCAAGCACCUGGAGAGCAUGCGGCUGCCCCUGGUUUCAGACAAGAAUUUGAGUGCGGUCAAGAGCCCUAUUUUCACUCCUUCCAGUGGUCGCCACGAGCACGGACUCCUAAACCUUUUCCACGCCAUGGAGGGCAUCAGCCACCUCCACCUGCUGGUGGUCAAAGAAUAUGAGAUGCCGCUGUACCGCAAGUACUGGCCCAACCACAUCAUGCUGGUGCUCCCCGGCAUGUUCAAUAACGCAGGCGUGGGUGCUGCCAGGUUCCUCAUUAAGGAGCUGUCGUAUCACAACCUAGAGCUGGAGAGGAACCGCCUGGAGGAGCUGGGAGUCAAGCGCCAGUGCGUCUGGCCUUUCAUCGUGGUGAUGGACGACUCCUGUGUCCUGUGGAACAUUCACAGCGUUCAGGAGCAGACCAGCCAAUCUGUGGAAGGAGUUUGCAGUAAGAAUGUGUCCUUGAAGAGUGUCUUGCAGCAUAUUGAAUCCACACCAAAAAUCAUCCACUACGCGAUCCUGGGCAUACAGAAAUGGAGCAGCAAGCUGACGCAUCAGAGUCUGAGGGCGCCGUUCUCUAGGUGCCAUGUGCACGACUUUAUUCUCCUCAACAUUGACCUGACUCAGAACGUGCAGUAUGACUUCAACAGGUAUUUCUGUGAAGAUGUGGACUUUAACCUGAGAACAAACAGCAGUGGCCUGCUCAUUUGCCGCUUCAACAACUUCAGUCUCAUGAAGAAACACGUUCAGGUUGGCGGGCAGAGGGACUUUAUCAUUAAACCAAAGAUCAUGGUGUCCGAGAGCUCAGCACCCGUCCUGCCCCUUCAGUACGUCUGUGCUCCAGACAGUGAGCACACGCUGCUGGCAGCCCCGGCACAGUUUCUCCUGGAGAAGUUCCUGCAGCACGCCGCGUACAAACUUUUCCCCAAAGCCAUCCAUAACUUCAAGAGCCCCGUACUGGCCAUCGACUGCUACCUUAACAUCGGACAGGAGGUGGCCAUUUGCUACGUCAGCUCCAGACCACACUCCAGCAAUGUCAACUGUGACGGGGUGUUUUUUAGUGGACUUCUCUUGUACCUUUGUGACUCUUUUGUAGGUGCUGAUCUUCUUAAGAAAUUUAAGUUUCUAAAAGGUGCUACCCUGUGUGUCAUCUGCCAAGACAGAAGCUCCUUACGCCAAACAAUUGUCCGCUUAGAGCUAGAGGAUGAGUGGCAGUUCCGCCUCCGGGAUGAGUUUCAGACUGCAAACAGCAGCGAAGACAAGCCUCUCUACUUCCUUACUGGACGCCAUGUGUGAGACCUGAGGAAACCAAAACCAGCCCAGGGAUGGUGAGGUGGGGUGGAACAGAAACAGCUGGGGAUUUUUUUUUCUUUAAAGUACAAUCACUGUGGAGCAAAGUGCAACAUUAUUUGUCUACUCUCCAAAGAACUCCCCAAAUGUGACCCAGGUCUCUGGGGACAUCAGUCCUUCAGGUCCAGUUGCGGGCCUUUGGUUAAGGUGAACUUCACCAGUUACGCGGUGAAGACGUGGUCCUGCCUGUGGGAACCUGAGAAGACGGGCGCGGAGAACACACGUGGAGUCCGCAUUGAUAUUCUACUACAUUAAGCUGGGGAAACUGUCAGCAUUAGCUAGCUUGAAUGUGUCACGUGAAAGUCGCACCACUGGUGUAGACAACUGAAGAUUAAUGUUUGAGGCCUGAGCCCUCAGUUUCUCUUCAGAUCUGUACUUUGGUACAGUAUUACUCAGGGGUCUGAAAUGAUAGAAUGUAGAAGAUAUUUGUAUUUAAAAAAGAAGUAGCUUUGUCUUUCUGUGCAGUGUUAGUUUAAAAUUUAUAAUCUUAUGUGUUGAAACUUUUGGCAAAAUUUCCACAGGAGUUAAAAGUUUACUACUAAAAUUGAACAAACAAAUCAGUAAAUGCAGAGCAGGCGUUACUGCAUUUAUGAGGCUCCUCCUAGCUUAAUUUCCUUUGCUUGCCCGUUCCUUAAAACCGUUUCCAGUCCUUAAGCACACCACGUCUACAAGAAUGUGGAACCUGAUUAAGUGCGACAGUUGGGCCACUUCAGACACUCCUGGCAGUUAACCCGCACACACCCUGCUCUGGCUGGAAGUGAACAGCUGGCACCAGCAAUGCCAGGCCGAGGUUCCGCUGUGGAGUAGAGCUAAGUCGUUUGUCAGGGACUCGGGCAGAGCUUCCUUUAAAAGACAGACUGUUAGCUGCCGUACGUGGACAACACAGCCUUAGAGAACUGGUCCUUCCACCGCUGACUUUUUGGUGAUGCUUAAGGGAGUCUUCUUGACUGUAUCAAGUCAGGAGGUGGUAUCUAAUCAGAACCAACAGUAGUGUGCUAAAUUUCUAUGGGUUUCUCAUCAAAUACUGUAAUCAAAACCAGAUUUUUACAAAGCAUUCUGAAACAGUCCACUGAAGUUUAUACUUACAUCACUCUGGUUCUUGUUCUCAAACAAUCUGAGAUUUUCUCAUUAGCCCGUAUGUAUCACUUUAUCCCCACUUAAUACUUGAAUCUGUCUUGCAAAACUACUGAAAGGCCUACAAAGCCUGCAUUUGCUGAGGACAAAUAGUAUGAACUGACCAGCUUUAUUAUCUUUGUAACAAGGAGUUUAAAUCUAGUGAAAAGAUGGAAUGUAUUAAGACAAAAUAGACUGCAGAUCUCUUGGUUUUAUUAUAGCUACUUAUGAUGCUUUAAAUGUAUUUUGAAAUGAACAAUUUCUUUUAACCUUAUUUUUAAUUGUCCUUCAAAGAGGAUCUGCCUUACAUAUGCUUUAAAACUACUCCGUUUUAGUGCAGCUAAAUUUUUGGCAGAGAGGUACAUUCUGAACAGUGGGGUUUAGGUAUGAAUGUAUUUCACAUGUCCCAUCUUGUUAAAAGGGCCUGAUGCAGGUGAUAUCGAGCAUUCCACUGUUUGUGCAAUAUUCCGACAUUAACUAUAUAGAGGAAAUAAAAUACUUGAAGUCUCAAACAGUUGUUCCCGGGGCAGAUGGCUUCUCAAGCAUUUCUUUGGGCUUUAUCAUUUCAGUCUAAAGAACAUUUCUUAAAAGUUACUUUAGAUGCAGGUACUCCGUCUUAGGGCUGUACUUGGAAAACUCCCAUGAUCACGAGCUCAGUACCAUCCAAUUCUGUGAAAGAGAAAUGCCAGAAGAAAA